GCCGUGGUAAAAGAGCCCGCGAUACCGUCAUGUGGCUUGCCCAGCCACGACUCGCGCUCAUAAGACGCCGGUGGGCCAGCUCUUCUCGCUUGCUGCUGGGCAAUGAACUUGUGGUAGCACCAAAAAACCAACACAACCACCAGCACCAGUUGCAGUCGAAAAUCGUUUCGCAGCUCCGGGCAUUAUCGUCAGCAACAGCAGCAUCUACCUGCGGCGGUAGCAGAAUACAUUGCUCGCGCACACUAGGUGCAGUGUCGAGUCCCGCAGCAGGGUCAGGGCCGUCCCGAUUGGCCACAGCUCGAGGUCGGCGACGUCGAAGCAGCGCGCCCGGAGGGGAGGCAACAGCAGAAGCAGCACCGCAGCACCGAGGCGAACAGCAGAACCCGCCAGCAGCGGCGUUGAAUCAGGAUGGCGGCGCUCUCCUGAGACGAGUGGCGAGGUAUAUCGAAGAGGAUCCCGGCGCGGCCGACAAGCUCGGGAAGGCAAUGGACCAGGGGAGCGGCCGCAGAUUAAAGGAUGCCCUAGACGGAAUGGAGUAUGCCGUGCGAGAGCCUAGCUUGAGGCAGCUGCGCAGGGUGGCAUUCAUCAGCGCGGUGCCCUUUGUGGGCUUCGGGAUCAUGGACAACGCCAUCAUGAUCGUGGCUGGUGAGUACAUUGACAUGACGGUGGGAAUCGCCAUGGGCAUAUCCACCAUGGCCGCGGCCGCUCUUGGCAACACCAUCAGCGAUGUCGCUGGCGUGGGGUUGGGGGGUGUCAUCGAGAACUUGGCCACGAGGCUUGGACUACCCCCGUCUAAGCUGUCCAGGGCGCAGAUGCUGCUGCAAACGACCCGCACAGCUGGGCUGGUCGGGUCUGCCGUUGGGGUCCUGGUGGGCUGUCUCAUCGGCAUGUUCCCGCUGUUCUUCAUGCCUGAUCCCGAGGUGAUGGAAGCGGUCAAGAGAAAAGAAAAGAUUGUAGGGCUUGUCGACGCUGUGGUGGAAGAGGCGGCCGCUUUCCUCUCGGCGACUAGCGCUACCCUCUUCAUCUUGGACAGGGAACACGAGAUGUUGUGGGCCAGGAGAAGAGGGGCGCCGGGGACUCCUAAUGCGGGAGCCCUGCAGGACCUCAAGAUCGAGCUUGCACACCGCGGGGCGGUGUCCGACGCCGCGCGCAACGGGGAGCCCGUGAUCAUGCCGGCCGGGGCGGGGGGCGCGGCACCUUCGAUGCUGUGCAUGCCCGUCUACGGUGCGGACGGGCUUGUCGCCGGAGUCGUCCAGGUUGUGGGAAAGAGAUCGAACGGAAAGGCUCUCGACAGCGGUUUCACCGCUGACGAUGCGAAGGAUCUGUCGGCUCUCUGCUCGCACAUCAGCGUAGCCCUGGAAAACAUCAAGCGCGCUGACGAAGCCGAUGAGGUGGAUCUUCGCGAGACGAUCUCGCUCAUGCAGUCGUACGGAGGGGUGAAGCAGCACCCCUUUCCCCAGCAUCGAUCGAACAGCGCGCGAAUCGCUCCCUGCGCCACCGGGAAAACCGCCGGCAUUGGCGGCGGGGGCGGCGGCGUUAUCGCGAAGGACGUAGUUCCGGGAAAAUAG